AUGUUCCAAAAUGUGAUCGACUUCCUCAGUUGUAUCAAGCGGGGAAUAUACGCCAAAGCUCAUGACGCUUUACAAAAGCAUGUAAAGAAUGCAGCUGACGUUGAGUAUCCAGCGUACGGUAUCACGGGUCCUAACAAAGAGAUAUCGCCGACUGGUGACAGAAGAUUGGCACAAUCAGCCCAAAUGUACCACUAUCAACAUCAAAAACAGCAGAUAAUAGCUAUGGAACGAGCGGCGGGAAAUGAAAGGCAUGGUUCAGUGUCGGAAGCAGAUAGCGAUGAGGAAAACGAAGAAGGAGAUUACACGGUGUACGAGUGUCCUGGAUUAGCACCGACUGGCGAAAUGGAAGUAAAAAAUCCAUUAUUUCAAGAUGACCCGACACCAGCUCAGACGCCCGCCCAGAAAGGUGCUGAAGAAGAAGUUGACCGAAAGAAGUAAAAAGUGAAAUAAAAUGAAACAAAAAAUGUAUUAAAAUAUCCCCUCCCAAAAAAAAAAAAUAAAGAAAUAAUUUAACAAGAAAAUAAAUACGCUAGAUCUUAGUGCUUAGUACAAGAAUUUAGAGCGCAAAAGCCUACAUAAUUUAUUUUGUUGAUGUAGGUAUGUCCUAAUUCCGAAGAAUAAUAUUUCGAGAAAGCACUUUGCGAUAUAUAAAGUAUUUAAUUUUAGUGAGUGAUAUUCUCGUUAGGCAGCCUUCCAUCAAAUUGUUAAAAUGUAACACUUUUCUGAUACGGUACUAUACGAAUAUCAGUUAAAACACACAAAAACAAAUAUCAUGUUCCGUACCUAAGUCAAUUUUAACGCGAUUGUUUACAUUUUUCAUAUAUUCUAUAUAGAGAGACUGUAUCUGCGAGAUUAUUAUAGGGAAAAAUAACGAAAUAUGUAAAAAAAAGAAAUACCUAAACAUGCCUAUAUCCUUUUAAUCAAGUAAAUAAUAUCUAUCUGCUAUGAAAAUGGAAAGACUGGCAUCGUUAUGCUUAAAAACUUAAUAAAGAGAGAUUAGCUGUUUUCUUUGCCUACAAUUUUAGGGUUUAGUCACGCUUUUCAUAACUUAUUUUAACUAGGAAAAUUAUAGGUGAUAAUUUUAGAUCUUCGUUUUAUCAGCACGACUGUUAUUAUUAUGAAUGUAAAACGACGAUCAACGUCAAUUUCCGUAUCAAUAUCACAAAGGUACUGAUGUAUUCAGGGACAGGUCAGGAAAGAAUGAGAGAGAAUGGUUGACUGAUUAAUGCGGAUGAGAAUUAGAUUGAGAUUAUCGUUGGUUUUAUUGUUUGAUUUGUUUGCUAAUUGUAUAUACACACCGACCAAAUUAUUUAUAUAGAUAUAUCGUGACAAUUUGUGACCCUAUUGACGUCUCCACAUUGUUUAGUACAGGAUAUAAAAUUUUAUGUAAAUUGUAAAUUUGUGUAACAAUUAAAAUAAAAUCUUAUAAAUGAAAA